UUUUGUGUAAUAUUAUUGUUCUUAAAUACUGUUAUUGUAUAUUUCUGUGAAGGGUGGCCUCUGUGUAAAAUAUUCAAUUUGCAUAUCAUGAAAUUUAUAAAAUUUUAAUGGGAAAAUUUAAAAAUCCUACAAAAACACAUAAAAUGGAUGAGGUUAGUGAAUCCUCACUCCAGCAGAAAAGUGAUUCAUCACUGGUGAGAAGAAUGAGCGCCUCAUCAGUCCAGCCGAAAGUAGAAUCAUCCGAUCCAAAUAAAAAUGAUCUCAUAGAAACAUAUAGAAGUGUGUCGGAAAUUCCGAAGAAGAAAAGAAAGUCAAAAUUUAGAGAUUUGUUCUGCUUCUCUUUCAAAAAUCCAGCAUACCAACGAAUGCCAAAGAAUAACAGAAGAUGGCUCCAUAUAUACAAGAUAAUGUCCAUCAUGGCAAUGAUUUUGUUAGUCGUUGCUUACACAUUCUUUAUAUUACUGUUGUUUGCUCCCAUUAUAUAUGUGGAUGCAGGAGCGAUAGUUGACCCGAAUUUAUUCAAACCAACUCAUGAAAGUUUGUUACAUUCCGUGAGAACUUUGUGGUACCAGAAGGCAUAUAUAGUCAUCUUUGUGGUUGUUACAUUCUCAAUUACACUACCAUUUGUAAAAAUGCUGGCAACACUCAUUGCAUACUUGGUUACAUCAUUGCAUAGAAGCAGGCAAAUUGAUCUUUUCUACGGUUCGAAACUAAGAGUAGAAUCACAAGUAAGAGCAUUUUCCUCUCGAUCACAAUCAGAUGAGCCAAAUUCAUACGAAUCAUCCAAUUUUGAGUCAAUGGAUUAUUCAGUGUACGAAGAUAGGAAAAUAACAAAGUACGCAAGAGAAGUUCUCGUAAUUUUAAAACUCAUCUCUAAAUUUCAAAUGGUAGAUAGUAUUAUCUUGUUGUAUAAUAUUUGUUUCCUAAGAUCAGCCUUUACAUGGUCGAGACAUGGAAACGGUUUGUUGUACUUAGUCAUUUAUUGUUUGACCUCAAUAUUGGGAACGCAGUUGUUAAACUUAUCAGUGGAAGGAGAACAUGAUAUGUUCGAAUACUGGAAAGCUGUUAGGCUAUUGUGCCUACCUAACUCAGUAAACUAUGAUAGAUACUACGAUACUUUUCAAAAUAAUGAUCAAAGUGAAGAAUUGGAAUACAAAAAUUCUCUAAUGGAAUAUAAUGUACAAUAUAGGACAAGUAAUACGAAUUUUAAUGAAACCACACACCUAGAAAGUAGCAGCGAAAUGGAUCAAUCUAACUCCGGACUGAAUAUCACAGAAAAGUCUACAAGUUCAGCAGGAAAGAACCCGUCUGUAUUUAACCUUAAGUCUAAAGAAAAAUCAGGUAGUUUUGAAGUUAUUAGCAACGGAACUAGUGAACCUUAUUUCUACGAGUUUCUAUACAAGGAUAAGAGGAAGGAUCUUAAGACGAAAUGGUAUAUAUCAGAAAUUUUUGUAGCUGUGUUGGUUGUUUUGAACAUUGUUGCAGCUGGAUUAAUAAUAUCCAACGAAAAACUAUUUGGAAUUACAUUUACUCCAGAUUUCGAGAAACAGUUCGGAGUGGACGGGACUCAGAUGACAUUUUUUGAGAUGGUUUGGUCACUUAGGGACUGUUGGAAUUAUCUUCCAUUCUUCAUUUUCUAUGUACUUUCUAUUUUAGUACCGGUUUUAUUUCAUCUCUCGUUUCUUGCAGGACUCUUUCUAUACAAAAUUACUGUUAGCAAUAAGGAUUUUAGCUCUAUAUCCAAAUUCGACCCAGGCAAUCCAUUGAUACACCCAUGCCAUUCAUUUAACUUGUCAGUAAAACUGACGAAAUUUGUACUAAAUAUUUCAAAUUUGUUGUCAGAAUGGUCGCUGGGAGAAGUACUAGCCCUGGGGACAGUGGCAGGAUAUGUAUCACUUUAUACGGCACCAAACGUCCGCUUCUAUAUACCCCCUCCGAAAUUCGUCUCCGUCUUCUUCAUAAUAUCGUCCUUCGGAGUCACCUCAUUUUUAAUUAACAUACAGUUCUUCAUGUGGUACACCAGGAUUAUAAACCGUCUCUCGGAUGUAACAAUUUAUGUGGAAUCAGUUAAUUCAGCAACCACCUCAGAAAAUGGCGAUUACAGUAUUAGCGGUAAACUUAGUCAUACACACCUGGUUAAUGACCAGGGAAUGAUAAUAGGUGACUCUAAAAGUAACCUACAAAGACUGGAAUCAUCUAUUGAACACAAUGUUAAUGAUGUAGACAACCAAAAUACGAGGACUCCAGGUAAGAGGAACAAGGUUCGGAUCAUGUUCAUUAAGGUCGUUGACUUUAUAAGACAUGUAAUAUACUCUAAAAUAAUUGUUUCUGCCUUCUUCGCAUUCCUGUUCCUCUUGUCAUUGUGUUUGUUCGGAUUCGGUUUCUUAUCCAGUACUCCCCCAACUAAAAUCGACGAACGCAAGGUACAGAACUUCCUCGACUUUGGCUUGCCUGGAAUCUUCAACAUUGUUAAGAGAAAUCUACCGAAAUCAUAUGGAGACUGUAAUUACAUAGAAGAGCCUCCAAAACCAUGUUCAGGAUCUUCAUCAAUAUAUCACAUGAAUGAAACUGUUUAUUUCGAGUUAGUAUGGAUUACGGGUAUAGAUUCAAUUCAAUUUGUAGAGUCGAACUUUGUGGUUAGGGAUGAUAACAGGUUAUCAAUCACUUCUCAUGUAAAAUUCACCGUCCUUAAGCCAUACAUGAAGAUAGGAGCAUGUCUUUACGGCAGGUGUAACACAGUAUAUGCCGGCGAAAACCUCUGUUGUGGAGAUGAUGUCCACGUCGUUAUAUCGGUUUCAGCCUCCUGUAAUGACGAUUUCCCGCAUCUGAGGAAUGUUAAAUUUGAUGAAUUGAAAAUCAGAAACCUGAAAUUCAGAAACGAACUCCAAUUCCUAAUUCAUAAGGUCAUUUCAAUAGAGGCAUUCCUGGAGAAACAGUUGCUGAGGUACAUAAAUAAUUACUUAGAAAGGCAAGAGGAAUUGUUUGACUGGAGAGGAAUCCCAUUCUCUGUUUCCGAUUACAUAAACUUUUUAACAAAUGUUAACUUCCCUCAUGGAAUCAAAUGCCCACCUGUCAAACCUACGAAACCUUCUCUUCCUGAAAAUUGAUAGUACACUCCCUUGUAAAAUAUUUUAAACUAAUGAUGUUUUAUAUCCACUUGAUUAAGUCGAAAAUUCAUUUUGUUUAAAACUUGGCCACGAUCUUAUCAUUUCUCUCUGUAAUAUAGUCGAAUAUA